AUGGACAGCAAGCUGAAAGCAGUCAGAGCCGGUCACAAAAGUGCAGUAAAGAGACUUUUACGAAAAACGGAAGAUGAAUCAAGCUUGGACAAUGAAGAAAGUGCUGAACUUUUAGAAACAUUAAUUCAAAAACAGAAAAUUAUUAGCACAUUGGACGAAGAUAUUAUGAAUUCUUUAAAGGAGGAGGACAUCGAGGAAGAAAUUCUUAAUGCAGAUGAGUACAAAUUCUUUUUGAACACCAAAAUACGACAUUUACGGAAAACAUUCGCAAACAAAGUAUGUACUGAUAAUGAUAUCCCACAGCAUGAUCACGCAUUACCUUCUCACACUUUUGAAAACAUUAACCAACACAGUUCUGUUCCGUACCCGACACAUAUGUAUCCCGUUCAGCCACCUAGCAACCAAAAUCACCAUUUGCCGAAACUUACACUAACUAUGUUUAACGGAGAAAUUCUGACUUGGCAAACAUUUUGGGACUCUUUCGAAUCUUCCGUCCAUUACAAUGUAACACUCACAGACGUACAGAAAUUUAGUUAUUUAAAAUCCCAGCUUGUUAAUGAUGCUGCAAGAACUAUUGACGGGUUACCGCUCACACACUCAAAUUACAUGGAAGCUAUUAAACUUUUAAAGGAGCGCUUUGGACAAUCGCAUAAGAUUACAAAUGCUUAUAUGCAAGCUAUGCUAGAACUAAGAGCACCACAAAACAACCUACUCAGUCUACGUGUUUAUUACGACAAGUUAGAGGCAUACAUAAGAGGUCUUGAAUCGUUAGGCCGCUCCGGAGAAUCGUAUGGUGCAUUACUUAUUCCGAUUAUACUGAACAAGCUUCCGUCAGAAAUACGACAACACUUAGCUCGUGAAAACGGUUCCGAUAAUUGGGAAUUGAUUGACUUGAGACGUGGAAUUUUAAAAGAAAUCACCAUAAUUGAAGCUGGACAACGCUCGUCGUCGUUUAUGGAUUCAAUGCAGCCUAUCGCAAUGACCGCAUCGUUUUUGACAUUCGCUAAUAGAAAGGGUGAACCGAGUAAAGUAGAUACAUUCGAUAACCGUGAGAGACAAACACAAAAUAUUCGACAAAAGCCUUGCAUAUUCUGUCAGAAUUUACAUGACCCUGCAAAAUGCCAAAAUGUUACAGAUCACGAUACACGCCUAUCAAUCGUCAAAGAAAAGAACUUAUGUUUUAACUGUUUAGGAUCACACCGUACUGUAGAUUGUAAAUCGAAAUUUCGCUGCCGCCAGUGCCAUCAAAAGCACCACACAAGUCUUUGCCAUGGAAAUACAUGUACUAGUGAUCAGCAAAUGUCAGUUAAUGCCGUAGUUGAUGAUAGCGAAAAUACAUUGAUCGCCACAAGUUUUCAUUCGUCUGAAGAAAAAUCCCGUUCGAACGUGCUUCUAAAAAUUGCUGUUGCACCAGUUGGGGGAAAUCGAUAUGUUGAUACGCACAUUUUGUUUGAUGAAGGAGCACAGCGCUCUUUUGUUACAGAGGAGUUAGCAUCGAAAAUAGAUUUAGAAAUACUAGGAACAGAAACCAUACAUUUAUCGGCAUUUGGAAGUACCGACAGAAAAGUCCGUCAUUUGUCAAGAGCACGCGUAUACGUAGAGUCGAUAAAUAGAACGAAAAUUCCAGUUGAAGUUCUAGUAGUACCGAACAUCGCCAACCCGUUAACCAACUACAUCGGUAAUGGUAUACGAUAA